UCAAAAACCUGCCAGCCAGGUUAUUUUGGUGCUAGCUUUUCGUGAAACAAGACGAACCAUGAAGUAUCUAUUGCUUUCGAUCGCUUCGUUGUGCAUUCUUAGCACUGCAACGGGCCUCACCUGCUACUCUUGCGCGGCGGAAAAUGACUGCAACGAAAACGUGGUUGAGUGCACCGCCCUAUCGGCCACCGCCGGAUUGGCGCAGAUUCUCGCCCACAAACCCUCCCUCCAGGUCAUUCCCAGCACCGGCUUCAAGUGUUACAAGCUGGUAGUGGAACCGGCGGCCACCAAGACGGAACUUGCCAUUAAGGGUUGCACGUACGACUCGACGGAUGUCUGCGCGGGAGUUCCGAUCUUGGCCGAGCAAAAGAGUUGCAACACCUGCGGUGAAAAUGAGUGCAACGGAACUUCCCGCCAGCUGGGAAUGGGUGGGUUGGGGCUGCUGGUGGUGGCGGUGCUGACCCUGUGGGGAGGGUACCAGAAGCAGUGAGGGUUGAAGGGUGGGACGAAAUAAAUAAAUCUUGGAC